AUGUUUAAUGAAGAACUAGGAGUCAUUGAUUAUGAAGUAGAAAGUGAUGAUUCAAUUGAGAUGAUUGAUAACCCAGAGGAUAUUGUUAUUCCAACUCCAAUAUAAGAAUAGAAAUAAAUAACUUAAUAGAUUAUAGAGUAACAACCACAGCAAUAACUAAAUAUAGAAAACACUGAAACCAUUGAAAGACAAUAACUUGAAGAAGAGUAAAUGUUACGUCGACCUUAUGCAUUAAGAUGGAAAAAGAAAUCAAUUAAGAAAUUAGAAAAAAUCACCUCUAAAUUGACUGAUUAAGAUUACGAUGAAAUUAAAGAUGUUUUAACUAAAAAGAUAGCAAUGUCUGAAUCCAAAAUUAAUAAUAGCAAUUAUUACAACAAAAAUAAUACUACCACUAAUAAUAAUACUAAUAAUGAUGUAAUCAUAUCUGGAUCGAUCCUAAAAAAUCCAUAAACGACACUCAAUUAAGUGCAGAAAUAGAAACAAUUCUAAGUUCUUGUUGAGCAUUUUGCAAAUAAACCAGACUUUCUAGAAGCCAUUAUUGCUUAAGAUCUUGAAUAAGAAAAUGAAAACCAUGACGGAGGAAUACUCAAAAAACCAAUGAUAGUACCACCAAAGGCAGGACUAAAGAAAUAAUAAGGCAGAAAGAAAGUAAAUGUUACUUUUGAAGAUCAAUCGUAACCACCAAAUGGAGGAAUUUAAUUCAUUAAAACCAGUGUGUUACCAUAAAAGUAGCCUCCUCCCCCACAACCUCAAUAGCAAAUUCAAAAUAUACUCUCCAAAUUCUAAGAAAUUAGAGAAAAAUCUGCUGCCCCUCCAUAAACCUAAUAUACAACUGCUGUCUAAGAGUCUUCUAAUAUGCCUUUAGGCACAGGAGCCUGGUAUCCUAAUAAAUAGGAUAGAAAAAGUCAGCCUUUUGUUCCUCCUCAUGCUGGAUCUAACCCUAAGAUGUUACCAACUGUUAGUUCAGUUUAAAUGAUUUCCUCAUCUUAGGCUGCCCAAUAGUCUUUAAAUCAUAAAUUUCUUGAAAUGAACCAGAAUUAAUCAAGAAUCAGUAAUAGUCCUUCCAGAAUUAGAGACAUGAUUACAUUAUAAUAUACUUCUUCAUAUUAGGUUGAUCGACCUCCCAUUAUGCCAAGUCGAUAACAACCUGUAUUCUAAUAAUAAACGUUGGAGAGGAAUAUCAAUUAUGAAUUGAAUCAAGCAAAAAAAAAUAAGGAACAAUUGAGUGGUCAUUAAUAAUCUUAACUUAGGGAGUCCUAAAUCAAAUUAUAAGCAAAAAUAUAAGAAAGUGUUAAGAGACAAAGUGUUGUUUAGCCAACUAUAGAGGAAAACGAUUCUGAUUUUAUGGAUGACGGUAUGGAUAGUCAACCAUUUAUAGAUUUUAAGAGAGCAGGCAACAUACCUUGUGCAUCUUAACAAUAAACAUAUUAAUAAUAUUGGCAGGAGAUUAAUUUCAAUACAGAUAUUCCUAAGGAUUAUUAUAUGAAUGAGAAGUUCAGAGUGGAUUUGGAAUAAGAAAUAGAAACAAGUGAUCCUUAUGAACUAUUUAAAUUAUAUUUUGAUUAGAGCAUUUUCAAAUACAUAUGUCUGAUAUCAAAUAAAAGAUAAUGCAUAAGAAUUGAUGAAGAUAUUUUGGAAUCAUUUAUUUCAGCACUGAUCUACAUUUUCUAUAUCCAAUUAUUAGGCAUGAGAGAGAUCAAAAGAGUCAGAUUUGAUCAUAUACUUGAUUAUGUGACAUUUGGUCAUAUUUGUAAGGAAAUCCGUAUUGAUGAAUUAGAAGAUUAUUCCUUCAUUUUUGAAAAGAUAAGUAAGAAUUUUAAAUCCCAUUACCAACCAGAGGAAUUCUUAACCCUCGACUCGCCUAUAUUUUAUUAAAAUCACAGUGUCGAUGGUCUCAUAUCACUUUCAGAUGGAAUGAAAGGAUAUGUGUUGGACUUUAUUUAUGGAAUUAAAGAAUAAAAGAUUCUUCAAAGUUUAUAGAUCUAUUAAGGAAAACACCAUAAACUGUAUUUAGGACCUGAUGUAUCAUCUCUAAAUCUGAUCAUCCAAUUAAAAAAGAAAUAAUUUGGUGCAUUGGCCAAAGUAGUAGACAAAUAGACCCAACUUACGCAGGAUUAGAUUUAAGAAGUAAAAUAGAAUGCACAAAAGGGGUAGAGCACUCAAUUUUUAUCAUCUGACAAUUAGACAAUAAUGCUUAUUUUUGCAGAAAGAUAAUAACAUUUAUAGUAAGUUGAGGGAUUUGUAUCUUCUUUUGCUGACUUCACAAGACUUAAACCUCAAGAUACUAAAAUUAAGAGUGAUGUCAAUAAGCCGAUCAUCUUAUAUCUCUAUGAUAAAAUUAAGACAUAAUAUGAUAAAAGAGGUAAAACUUAUUAAUAUUCUCAAAUACCUCAUCAAAAUGGCAAUUAACAUUUAGAAAUAUUAGUGUAAUUAGUUUAUUCUAGUAUUUAUAAUGCUAAUAUUUUAAAUAAAAUAAAAAACUAAUCAGCCUCAUUAACACCUGAAAAAGCGAAAUAAAUGUAUUUAGAAUUUGUUAAACAAUUAUUACACUCAUUCUAUGUACGUAGUUUGAAAAGAAGAGGCAUUAAUUAAUUUCCUUAAAAUCACACUUUGGAAUCGGGAGACACAGGAACCUUUAGUUGCAUUGAAUGUGGAGAAUCUAGUUAAACUAUUUGUAGAGAAUGUUCAAAUCAUUUCUAAAUGUUGAUACCCGUUUGCAGAAGUAAGAAUGAACAAUGCUUAAGAUCACACAUAGAAAUGUUAGCAAGUCAACCAAAAAUCACAAAUACUAAUAGAAAACUAACUAAUAAAUAAGCUAUUGUCAAAUUUGAAUUUUAUCGUUCUCAAAUUGAGGCUUCUAAAGAUUCAAAUGCAUAAUCUGCGUUGCCAGUUAUUGAAGAUACUUUAUAGUAGUUAGACACUUUGGAUCCUGAUGAAGAAUUAUCAAUAGGAAUUCAAACUUUAUUGGUUUCAUUGUCAGACAUGAUACAAAAAAUGUUCCAAUAACCUAACGUCUUAGUUCCAUAGAAAAUUCAACAACAUAAAUAAGAAGUCUACACUUUAAGUUAAAUAGAUCCCCCUAUUAAAUCAGUCUAGCAAUUAUAAAAGUCAAUCUCUUAGGUUUAUAACAAUUCAUAGGAAGUUAGCCAUAAGUCCUAAAUAGUGCCUCAAAUAUAUAAAACAAAAAUUGGAGAAUAAAUGAACAUAGAACCUUCAAUUCAGAAAUUGCAAGCUAGAGUUGCCAGAAUCAAUAAAUGA